UUACUACUCGUAGUAGCUUAUGUAAUUUGUGCUACGGUCGUUCGUCGGUAUGUAAGCUCUACUAGUUCAUUCCCGAGACAAACGAAGUACUACCAGAUGUAGGGUAUGCUGACGCUGAGUCACCAGCUGGAGGGUAUGCUGGCGCUGCGUCCCACUACGUGGCAGUGACACCGCGCCACGCGUCCUGCCAUGCAUUCCAGUGGCCGCUUAACAUGCCCACUUAAGGCCCCUCUCGUCCUUCUCCGAGGGCUCAUCUCAGCAGUGGCAAACAAGAAAGCUUGGCCGGAGUUUGCAGCUUGGCAGCGAGAAGAGGAGGAGCAUCGUCCGUCCACCAUGUGGCCGGAGAUGAAGGCGUGGGCCUCCAUGGCCGACGACCCGCUGAAGCGCGCGUCGUCGGCGGCGACGAGCCCGUCCAGCCCCAUGCGCCGCUUCAGCCCCACCACGAUGGCCGUCGGCGGCCUCCUCGCCGUCGGCACCGUCGGCUACUUCAUGUUCAUGGGCAAGGACGACAGGCAGCGCGAGCGCGACAGGCACAACGAGCGCCUGGCUCAGCGCACCUGAGAAGCCGCCAUCGUCGCCGCCCUCCUCUGAGGGAGGCGAACGCCGUCUAGCUUAGCGUACUAGCCGCUGCCGCGUAAUAGUAAUAAAAUCCAACCCCCUUCCGUGUACGGUGUAUAAAUCGCGUGUGUUCUGUUGUUUAUGUACUCUUUUAUCAGUGGAACAUGCAUAGAUUUCACUGAGCAUACAUAGUCUUCUUUUAUCUGUUGCUGAACAUGGUUAAUUCUCU